AUGGCCAGAUUAUCUUUGGAUUAUGUAUUAAGAAGAGAACAUUCAGCAUUCAUUGACCAGAAAUCUUCCCUGGAUUUGAAAAAAUAUGGGGAUACAUAUGAUUGCGUGAAUUUCUAUAAACAACCUGCAUUUGAUCAUCCGUUGUUACAGAAUCACGAUAUUCAUCCUAAGAUAAAAUCUACUUUAGCUAGCACACUACAAAAUUCAGAUAUGUCAGCAGCUCAUGAAGCUAAUGAGUCAUCAGGGAUAUGGUUAAAGGAAAGAGGUUGUCCUUUCGAAACUGUUCCUAUUAAAAGAAUUACCAAAGAUGGUCUUAUUAGACAAAGACAUAUUCCGCCACCAGAAGCUAUCGCAUAUGAAGCUCCAUUGAGUAAUAGUAACAACAAUAGUGAGCCAAAGAGAAUUUCCAUAUCCUCACAGGGAUACAAGCUCGCAAUAGUUCAAAUUCCAAAUAACCCAAAUAAUAAGUUUGCGGGUGCUGGAAUGUUAGCUAGUUUAUGGAAUCCUCGUAUUGAAAGUCAACGGCACACUGCAUGUCGGCUGAAAAUCCAGAAAGGAUCAAACAGUUUACAAGCUGGGUGGAGAGUUGGUAAUACACAUUGCUUCAACACGCUAUGCCCUGGAUUUGUCAUUGUAAGUAGUAAGUACCAUGUUGAUGGGGUCUUUGAUCCAGUUACACAACGUGGAGAUAAAAGAGUAUUGGAGAUCCCAAUGUUCAUCGAACGAGAUCUAGCCAAUGGAAACUGGUGGCUUUUGUUUGGUGAAAGCAACGAACAAGUUGGUUUUUGGCCUCAAAGGCUUUUCAGCAACUUGGCAAGCUUUGCUACUAGUGUUGAACGAGUAGCAUAUAGUCCGCCAGGCGUGUCUGAACCUCCAAUGGGCUCCAGCUAUUUUCCUAUUGGAGAUCCAAAUUACGAUGCUUAUUGUAGGAGACUUAAUGUUUUAAAUGGUAAAGGUGAGAUAGUACAUAUAGACAAAACGACUGUACGUGUUGAUGAUUCUGAUUGGUAUGGUGUUAUGGAUGUAUCACAUUGGAGAGGUGGAAAGUAUCAGCAUAUGGCAUUUUAUGGAGGACCUGGUGGGUUCGAGACAUUAUGUUAA